ACGCCCCCUUCACCUCCUCUCAGCUCUGCUACAUUUCUCAUACCACCGGUGUAGUGACAGGGGGAUGGAGUAACACUGCAGGAAGGACGGUAUGGAUCCCAUUGAAGAAAAAUCGAGCAAAACUGUCGACAUUUAUCGUGACACAUGGGUCCGCUUCCUGGGUAUGUAUUCUACUUUCCAUUUGUGUUGGUUCGCUGUUAGUUUUUACCGUCAACGCGCUGAAUGAAGAUCGAGAAGUUGACAUAACACUGAAGUCGUUUUGACCCUGGAGACGUACGCUAGCUUGCUGAAGGUUAGCAUAGCUGGCUAACCCCCGACUGUUAAACAUCUAUUUUUAGCCAACUUGGCUCUUAGGGGUCAUUUAGUUGUCUCCGGGCGUAAUGGACGACAGCCAAGACGAGAUAAUGCCGUUGUUGGUGCUUUGUUUCCAUCCCGUCUUAAAGGUGAGUGUUAGGUUUGGCGCCGCGGCUCGGUGUUGUCCCAUUACAGGCAGUUGUUAAGCAAGUUGAGGCAGUGACUCAGAAGCACGAAGAAACGCCCGUGUGUAAUACCACACCAACAAACACAGUCUAUGUGGAGGGUUUAUCUUUCUGUCAGAGUGUGCUUUUAUUGUUGAAACUACUCAGGUCCGACCAUUUCUAACAGUGCAAACUCAGUGUUUGUGUUCAGGAGGAGAAGGCUGAAGGGCAUUCACACUGCUGCAUUCACCUGGUGUAAUAACCUUAAAUGACCCCUCUGUCUCCGUUUGAAGGGAUAUUCCAGAAUAAAAUUGAUAAAGGGUCAAACACACCGUAACACCGAGUUAGACACCCCCUCAAGAGAUGAAUGUUGCUGACCGCUUGCUUCUCUAGUUAUACCAACUUAAGUCACGACCGCACGAUAGCAAUACACAGUAGUCUGAGGAGCCACACACAAACCUCAACCAAAACGCCACUCUAUAGCCACAAAUAAUGCUCAGAACAGCACCUAACUUCAUCAACAGCACAUACAGGGUCCCAGCUACCAAACAUCUUUUUAACUUUGCCUAAAUUCUUUAGGAAAGAGACUAAAGACAACUCACCUUCUCUCUUCCAGCAGCCGCUUGUUUGUAGCGAGACCUCAGGCCAGUUCGUUAUGGACUACUGUGGGGUGACGCAGCUCAAGGAAGAACAUUCAUGAUCUUUUCUUCAUGGAAAUGCAAUCAGACCGAGUUGCUAAGGCAGAAGAACUACCAUGUCUGCAGUGCAAAAUGAUUAAUAUGGUGAUUAUUACUUCAAGGAAGUGAUAAUGUAAUGAUCAAUCAAUCAAUAACUUUAUUUGUCCCCCAAUGGGGCAAUUGGUUGUGCAACAAAGGGAGCAUAAAAAACAUGUAGGCACAAUAAUCAAAAUCAAGAAAAAAACGACUAGAAAAACAUAAAAUUGAAAAGACAAAUAAUCAAAACACUACAAGCAGGUACCUUUUCCUCCAUGAAUCGAGAAGGGAGAUGGCAGAAGGUAUGAAGGAAUGUUUAUAUUAGUUUUAGCAAGAGGAACUCUGAUCAAUGAACCAGAUGGAAGAAACUGAAACUGAUCAUGUAGAGGAUGGGAACCGCCAGACAGGAUGGACUUUGCUUUCUUGUACAGCUGUUUGUUAUAAAGUAAUGAUCAUAAAUGUUCUUCCUUGAGCUGCGUCACCCCGCUGCAGUCUGUAAAGGACUGGCCCGAGGUCUCAUUACACACAAGCGGCUGCUGGAAGAGAGUGAGUGAGUUGUGUUUAGUCUCUUUGCUAAUGAAAUUAGGCAAAGUUAAAAAGGUGUUUGGUGGCUAGGACCCUAUAUGUACUGUUGAUGAAGUUAGGUGCUGUUCUGAUCAUUAUUUGUGGCUAUAGAGUGGCGGUUUGGUUGAGGUUUGUCUAUGGCUCCUCAGACCGCUGUGUAUUGCUAUCGUGUGGUCGUUACUAAAGUUGGUGUAAAUAGAGAAGCAAGCGGUCGGCGACAUUCAUCUCUCCAGGGGGUGUCUAACCCGUUGCUAAGGUGUGUUUGACCCUAAAUUAAUUUUGACCCUCAAUUAAUUUUACGCAGGAAUAUCCCUUUAAGAUGAGCGGAAGUUUCACCAAACUCUGAAUACUGCUAUUCAGAUCAUAACGCGUUAACUUAAACAGUAACAGAUCACAAUGAGAGUUAUUUUAAGAUGUUUUCCAUCUGCUCUGAAAGUCCUAAGUCGUCUUACACAGUGAGCAAAGGGCCGUCUACACUUCAUUGUUAAAGCAGCAUGGCUAAUCUGGACUAUCACAGUGAGCUGCUAAUCGUCUUGUUCUCCAGAUCAACAGAAAACUAUCCUGUUAGUUUAGGACAAACAUUGUUAUCCUGGGAUAAUGACAUAAUGCUUGUCCUGGUCAUCUCAGGACAACAGUCAAACACCUAGAAUGAGUAAAAUAUGCCUUCUAUCAGGCAGAAAUUACGGGCAGAACCUGACUGGUUGGCGAACAUCCCUCUGCCUCAGCUGACUUAAAUCAGGUGGGUUUGAAAACAGAUGAAAAAGCCUCUGUCCCUAUUAAAAAUCAAAUUCAGAAUUGGUAGCACCAUAAACUUUGUUGAACGCUUAUAGCAAAUGUUAAAUAAAUAUCAAUAUCUCAUACAGGACUAAACAGUUACACCACACCAUUAUGUGACAUCUUGAAACUGUAGGCAGACGAAUUUUAACAAAAAUUAAAUGAACUUGGAGUGAAAGAAAAACCAGGAGCUGAUCUGAAGUAGCACACUUUGUAAUCGGUCUGCCCCUAUCAGAUAUCCUGACGUGUCAUUUGAGGAUUGUCUUUUGAUCAUGGCAGAUAGUACCUUCCUUUUUAUAUGACCAUUUGCCAGGGAUGAAUAUCUUUCCCAGCCUAGGAUUUUUCUCAACUAUUUUGUCUGGAAAAGAUUAUUUUUAACGGCGUCGGUGCAAGUAUGAUGGUGGAAUGUUUUCUAACACUGACUUUUCCAACAACUUAACCUAAUGCAUGAGGGGAAUUUUCAGUUCAAUGUUUGAUCGACAAUAUGACGGACAGAAAAGAGUUGGCUGAUGCUCCUGUAGUGCACAGUUUGUAAUAUCUCAGGUCUCAUUUAAAACUAACAUUUGGUUCAUCAAAGUAGGAGCUCAUUCAGCUGUAAAUGAGACACUUUUUGCUCAGCAGAAAAACUAUCUUGUUCUAUAUUUCAUCUCAUUUAUCUCUCAUCUUUAUUCUUGCAUGCGUGUUCAUUCUUUAUCUCAUCUGUUCCUCCCUCAACAUCUGGCGGACACACAUUCUGUCUCUGCAACACACCAGAAACACACAAGGACUGACUGACUAAGUGUAAUCUGAGGCCUUUGCUCAUAGGUCACAGUUGAGCUCCAGUCUGUGUUGACGGCUUACUUUAUUAUGAACUAAACACCUCGCUGAAAGAUAAUCUAAUCUCCUCUUUUCUCAUGAUCGUGUUCACAUUAACCAGCACGGCUCUUAUCACUUUCUGCACACGUGUUUGUCUGGAGCUCCUGAUCCAGUAGCAGCCUGACAGUCAUUUUCACUGCUGCGGAUUGACCAGCUCUCAAUCAGCAGGAAAAAUCAAGAUCAAGUUUGAAUCUGAGAGAUUGUAUGAUAAAAACAUGACUCUCAUUUCCUCUAUCAGACACGCUCUUUCUUGAUUUGGUUGCUGGGUGUUGUGCAAACUGCAAAAGUAUGCACAACUACACUAACUCAGGUCUUGAACUCCAAGCAUGAAUUGAAUAUCCUCAAGUAUCCCGCCUCUUCUGCCGUCACAACGCCUUUGCACUUCCACACUGAACUCCACAGCUGUGUAAUACUUGUGUCCCAGGGUGUGAUUUUCACAUUGUAUUACAUCACUGUGAAAGUGUGAGAUGCAUGGCAUGUGAACAACAGGCGUUCACAUUUGGACACACUUUGCACUGCUGUGCCUCGACUUAUUGGUACUGUCUUCCCCAAUUACACCUCUUACACUCCCUCCAAAGUGGGUCAGAGGCAGAACAGCUUCACCCCACUUUGUUUUACCCCUAUCUGUGUCUUAUGAAUAUCCUGUCUCGAACUAGCUGUUUGCAAGAGCGGCUGAUGUCUUUCUAGGUUGAAGUUGUGUGAGUGGGUGGAGUAAAUAACCAUUGUUGGGAUGUUUCUAAAUUCUAUAAACAGUUAAUGAAAAUGAUCAGACUCCAGAGGGUUUCAGGAAUGCUAAGAGACAAUUGAAAAAAAACACGAAACACAGCUGUUAUGUGACUUCCGCUUUUGCUGAAGCUGCGGAAACAUGAUUCACUCCUGCUUCUCCUCCUCAAAGCUGACUGCAAAUAAAAAGAAAUUCAUGUUUAGAGUCAGCCGUCACUGAAGCAGAGAGAAAACAGCCUUUGAGUGUGAAAUUGAUCUGUGUGAACAUGAAUUCAGGUGAUGUCCUUGUAAGAGGUCAAAGGAUUUUGAAGCAUUCGACCUUUUUUAAAUUGGGUGUUGCGUAAUUUUCUUAAUCUUGCUUUCUGUUUUAACAGCGUCAGAGAUGAGACUGAAGUGUAACAACCUCAGUAACCGACUCAGUCCACUUCCUCUUUGCUCAAAAUGCCACCAGACUUCAUUUGAUCUGGCACCACUCCAGUUCUCUUUUGUAGACCUGCGCUGGGUUGUAUCUACUCUUCUAAUUUAGGACAGAGUUGAUACACUAAUAAAUUUUUAGGGUUUGCACCAGCUGAGCCAAAUCCAAUGUCGACAUAAAAUAUAAUGACUGCAGUCUCACACCUGACUCUAAUUUGGUUUAAAAUCUGUCAUAAAACAUCAGCUUUCUUGAAAGACGAGGACUUGUGGGUUUCUCUGGUUGUCAUGGCGAUGUGAUUUCCUUUUGGAGUACAUCCUUAGAAAACAAUAUGAUGACUCCCACUGAGAUUUCCCAUAAGUGGACAUAUUUUAAUCUGCACGGGAAAAAGAAAAGCAUCAUAUCAAAGUUUGUUGUUGUUGUUUGAAAUGUCAACACUCACUCUGGAUAUGAGCUCGCAGUGGAUAAAUUAUGAACAUCAUAAUGCUUUUCAGGUUUUGCAUACUAUUUUUUGGUCGAUUAAUGGAAGUUAUUUUUAGCAGUUAGAGAAAACAAUGCAACAAACUCAAACUCAAGAAUUUAAUCUGUAUUAAUUUAUCUGUCUGGAUGUAUUAAGAGGUCAAAGUCCUGUCUGAAUUUCUGUAUGUUUGCCCGACAGGUUACGCCAAUGAGGUCGGAGAAGCUUUUCGAGCUCUGGUGCCGGUGAGUUUGGUGUGGGGCAGCUAUGCCGUAGCCACUGCGUACGUCACUGCCGAUGCUGUGGACAAAGGGAAGAAGGCAGCUGUGGUGAGUCUACGAAUUUCUGUGUUACGCAACAAAAAAAAGCAGAUAAAGAACACGGGGUCAAGCUCGUCUUGUUUUCUGAUGCUACAAGGGAUUAGGAGAUUAAUCUGACAGGACAGGCGAUGCAUUAACAGAAAAAUAAAAAAAUAGAAACUCAUUGUUUUGGUCAUUUUUAGGCUGUCUUUCAACCUUUUUGUUGUGUAAAUUUGUGUUAAACUUCAUUGCCUCGAGAAGCUAGAUUAAAAUGUAGUCAUCUGAAGACUGAAAAAGGCGGAAAAACAAACAAACAAACUGACAAAAGCAGACAUAGUUUUGUUUACAGUCAUGACAGCCCAAAAAGCUUUCGUACCACUGUGUAGAGCCUUUUGAUGAAGUAUAAGAGUAAAGACUGUAGUUUCAGGUCUAAAUCAUAAACGAAUCACGACAUUGUUUUGUGUAUCCAGUGUUUUUGGACACACUGAUUAAGACAGCUGCAGCCACUCUCAUUCUCUGAUCCUCCAUCUGUUCCUCAAGGCCCACGGGGACAACCCAGGGAGGACAACACGGGUAGCGGUGGCUGUGGUGGACACGUUCGUGUGGCAGGCCCUGGCCUCUGUGAUAAUCCCAGGCUUCACCAUCAACCGCGUGUGCGCUGCGUCUCUGUACAUGCUGGGGAAAAGCACCAAAUGGCCUCUGCCUGUGCGCAAGUGGACCACCACAGCGAUAGGCCUCUCCACAAUCCCUUUCAUCAUCACUCCUAUUGACAGGUUGGUGCGAGCGUUCGGAUCUUUGGAUGCAUGUAGUUUAUGUAACCAUGCUGUUACAUAAGGUUUGAUUUUGUGCUCAGGCUGCAGGUUUAUCUGCACUUGCUGCUGGGUGCAGAAUGAGUGCAAACAGCUUUGUUCAACACAGAUAAAGUCUUAUCUUACGUGUUCUGCAGGUCUUUGAUUUUAUUAUGUUGAAUACAUAUUAUUUUAAAAAUUCAACUUACAAGUGCAAGUACAAGUGCUUUUUCUUUUUAGAGAUGAAGUGCAUUGUUUAUAUGUUUCAAAGACAUUUAUUAAUCCUGGAUGUAGAUAUAUACUGCUACGUUUCCAACAUCACAAUGUUUUCCUCUUCUGUCCGUCUCAGGUCUGUGGAUUUCCUGCUGGAUUCGAGCCUUCGGAAGAUCUACAGUGCGGAGGAGGAGGAGAAGCACAAAUAAGAAGGGACCAUGCAGGACAAAGUGCCCCCUCUAAGGUGGAGACGAGUCAGAGUAACCCUGCGAUGAGUAUCCAACGCUGUGACGCACUAAGAUAACUUGAAGAAGGAUUUCACAGUGUGACUCUACUGUUAGUUAAGAUAGAUUUGAUAAAAACGGUUUUAUUUUCAAGUUAAUCGAUUCUUAAAGGUAAGUUAAAAUGAUACGGGUGAAAUCCCUCUCGACUGAGGAUGGUUAACUUGAACCUCACAGGGAAUCCAAGGAACCAAGAGUUCCAAUCGGGAAUAAAAAGUGUUUAGAUGUUUAUGUAUUACACUGCAUACAGUGAAAACCUGCUUGUUGAAGCACCCUUCAGAAGGGAUACUGUGUGCUGUUGUGGGCUGUGGCUCACCUCAUGUCUACAUGAAAAGGAGAGUGAACGCAAACCUGCUCCUGUUGUUUUUCAGCCAUCAGCGGUACUGUGAUUAUAAAAGCCAUUACGACCUUCUUAUACAUUGUGAAAGAUACAUUUUUAGGUGAGUCUAUUUUUUUCUGGGAAACAAAGAUGUCUGUUACUUGGAACAAAAGUUUCAAGAGAUGCACUUUUCUAUUCUUCAUUCUACUUUAUCGUUUUACAUGGGAGCUAAGGUUCUGUCACACUAUGGUUACUUAUAUGGUUUACGGUUCUAUUACACUUUCGAAACACUUCCUACUUUUAUCUCAGUUUUAUUCUCCAGUCUGAAAAUGUAAAAUAUUCAAGUAUUUACUGUUAAAAACGGUCUUCCCUGCAUCCGGAGACCAGCUGCUCUGACUCCACUGAGCUGUACACGAAUCUAGGAUGGCUUUAGUUACACUGCAAAAAAAGAAAACCCAUGGCUGAACACUUUGACUUUCUAACUAAGGUGAAGAGGUUAUAGAUUUUAAUUGUUUUCUCUGUAAGAUUUGGAAAUUAAUAUAACACCUAUGCAGAAAAAGGGGAUUUUUUUUUAUUAUACUGUAUUUAUCAUGUGAGCAGCCAUAUUACACUCUGUAUCUCUAUGCAAGGGAGACAAGUUAUGUAACUAAAGGGAUUGUUCUUUCCCUUUAUAAAUAAGAUUUGAUGUGCUGUAUUAAAAUGUUGUAAUGUCAGUAGGGAAAUCUGAUGUAGCCUGAAAUUUGGAUGAGCUGUCACAGAGACAAAGAGGUACCUGCUGUAUCAGGAACGGUUAUCGUUGCCAGUCAUUGUCUCUGUACUCACAAACGUACCAUUGUAGCUGAUGUUAAAGUGUAUUUAUGUCACACUACAGUGUAGUCUCUUUGCUGUGAAAGGAACUGUAUCAUUCACUUCGUCACAGAGGGGAAGGGGAGUGUGAAAAUGAGUAAUAAGUUCCAGGUUCCAGGCCCUCAUGUACGCACAAGUUUUCACUCACGCAAGCACAAAGCUUCUAAGGCUUCAGACGUCUUUCAUGUCAGACUAAAGGUGCCAAAGUCAUGAAUCUACACAAUGAAACAUGGCUGGUAUUUGUUGUGCAUUGUAACAUGGCCCUGGAACCUCCACACUUUGAUAUAAUGUACCCCUAAUAAAUGUUCUGUAUUAACACAUCUACCAUGUUAAAAAGUUGACUUGGGAAAAACAGUAUAUUGAUGCCAGUUUAGAGAUAAUCUAUAUUCAUACUCAGCUGUAACAUUUCAUAUUGUACACAGAAACUCUGUAUUUUUGUUGUAGUUUACUGCAAAUGUAAAGGACUGGUUUACUUUUCCAAACAUUUUCGACAUGCUUUAUUUAUGUCAGUGUGUUUGGAUUCGGGAUUUAUGGGUCACAUUUUCAGCCUUAACCGGGAAAAACUUUGUUUCGUUAACAGUUAUUUGCAAGGUGAAGAUAUUUUUUCAAAUGUGAAAGCUACCAUUGGAAGCUGACGCUCCACCAGUUCUUCAGCACUCUGUAUGUUCUGUAAAAACAUCUGAAACACUGGAGAAAAAAAAUAGAAUAUGUUUAUUCGCAGUGAAAUAAAUAAUGUAGAGACAAGUAUGGCUGAAUUUUCUUUCAAAUAUUACAAAUCACACUAUUAAAUACAACCCCUAUUAAUUUAUCAUGUCUGCUAUCAAGUUCUUGCAAAGAUGAUUGUCUGUUUUUGGUGUUUCUGUUAUCUUUUACGACAAAAUUUUGAACAAGAGAUGCAGUAAAACUACUUCUAAGUAAGUAAGAAUUACCUCAGUGUAGUCGGACACUUUUUGGUAAAAACAUUGUAUUUUCUUGAAAGUGUCCUCUUCCUCUCUAAAACCUAUUACUCAUCGGCCCUUUUGAAUGAAAGCAGUGCAACUCAUCAACUCAAGAAGUCUGCUCUUUGACAAAGUAUGAAAAAAAAUAAAAAGGUGUUCCCCAAGGCUCAAUAUUAGGCCCACUGAUUUUUAGUCUUUUUAUUAAUGAUCUGCUAUGGGGGUCGCGAGUCUGUAGGCUGAUUGUCAGCUAUAUGCUGAUGAUACAGUAUUAUAUGAUUUAGCAAAGACACCCAAUGAAAUAGCAGAAAGAUUAUAACUGAGUUUGUAUGGAGUACGUAGGUGGUUCUAUAAAAUUAAGCUCACUUUGAACAUGAGAGACAAUUUCCAUGUGAUUUUUCCAUUAAAAAAAACGAUGUAACCAGGAAAAGGAAUCGAAAUGGUACAUGAAUUUAAAAUUUGAGGUGUAAGUCUCGGCUCCAAGCUCACAUUUGAUGAAAGAAAUACAAAAAAGAUGACUAAAAUAGUAAGAAAAACAAUCUAAAUUGCUUCAGAUUGGUAAGGCACUAUACACCAACCAAAGCACUACAGUUGCACAUGCAUGUUAUGAUGUGUAUGUCAUGUCCUAAACCAUAAUAAAGCCUGUUGCAUCUUUGUAUAACCGGGCCUUUAAAAUGAGAAUUUAUUGAUCCCAAGGGGAAUUUAUGCCUAAAUUUCCCUUGGGAUCAAUAAAGUAUCUAUUUACCUCUAUCUGUUUUAAAUAAUGAAGAUGGCAUCACUGUCACAUACCUAAGCAUUAUGAAAAUGUCUUGUUUGUAUGUAUUAUUUGCUCAGCUUUGACAGCUAUUAAAAUUUGCAUCCCUGAAA